GAAACAAUAAUUUGACGCCAACAUAUCCAGAUGCUGGGAGGGGGGCACGGGCUUCCCAGGCGCCCGCCGCCCAUUGUAGUGAAGGUGUUCAUAUAUGAGGUAGCCAUGAAGGCAUUGUGCCGCAUGUCAAGAACACAAACCCAAUCGAUCACUUCACAUCAUGACCCGAGCCGGAAGCUUUGACGGCGGCCGUGACGAUGUGCACGCUGGAACUGCUAUUCUCGGCCGAGCAUCAUUCGCACUGCUCUGCAGUUUUCAGACGCCCCUGCCUGACAUUGAGUUCAAGACUAUCCAUAAAUAGGUCGUCUUCCAUAUUAGAAAGCAGGUGCGCCAGAAUGCACGGAGAUUCAUCGCAGGCAAACUGAAGGUUCAUCAACCCUCAGAACAGCCCACCAAAUCACCCCUAGCCCUGGCCAUUCGCGCUAUCCCAGGGACAUCUCGCAUCAGAAUAAGGUUUGGUAGUCAGUCGCCAGUCCACAUUCGAACAACCCCUGUUCAGAAACACGUUGCCUCCUGUCCCGGCCGAGUAAGUCCCACGGCUUUGAGAACAAUCGAUUGAAGCAACAUCGCGCGGCACCAUUCGCCACGGACGGUUUCCAAUUCCCUUGGCAUGUUGACACAGAUCUUCUGUCACAGAGCGACCUGUCCAUCGACCACCGUCCAAAUGGAGUUGAACCAGGUCUCCAUUGAGUUAACGAGCCGUUCGACAAGAUGGUGGCCAUCAUACUGUAUGGCUAUGAAGCCCCUGCUACCUAUCAUUUCUCAUGGAGUACCGUCUCUCGUUAUUCUUGGCUGAAUCGGCAGUCGGCAUGUAUCCAGGUUCUUUGUCGGAUCCUUCCAGGAACCCAGUUCAAACGCAUCUCCGAGAAUGCUGUUCAUCCAGUACAUCAGAUGGGCUACUACAGCGCCUCGAUGAGGGUACCAUCGGACGCUUCUACCAUCGUUCAAUAACAGGUAGAUCUGCUGCC